CUGUACGUACGGGAACGAGUCGUCGUCCGUUGUCGAAAAAUUUUUUAUUAAAUCGACUGCAGUGUUGAUGUUGUGUCGGCGCAGUAACGUAACAACCGCCGUCCGGUCCGGUGCUUCGAGUUUUCCGUUUUUGAUUCCGUCGUGGACCGCACGUAAAACGCUACGGGGAAUCGACGGACCGCGGACGUGCUCGAUUAUAAUAUAACACUAUAGGUGUAUUUCAGGUAAUAAGUGUGAAAUCGUAUUGGACCGAAUAUUAUAUCGUAUUUCGCGUUAGCAGCAAACGGCGGACUCCACAUGACUUCUCGCCGUUUUCAGUCUUCCUGUCAAAUCGCCGUGGUUGUCUUGUUACUUGCCCUGCUCAUCCCGCCGCUGACGGCAGCGUCUUCCGGUAAAUGCCGACUAGUCCGUUCUCUCCGCGACGAGAUCGCCAGCUAUCGUCCCGUUGUGGAGCGCGUGCUCUCGUAUGUCCAGGAUAAGAAAGGUUACAAGGGCAGGACAUGGGCUGCCUUAUCCGAGUUCACAGAUAUGUUUGGCUCACGGUUGGCCGGCACGUCAAACCUCGAGAACUCCAUCGACUACAUGAUGAACUCACUGAGGGCCGAAAACUUGGAUAAUGUGCACGCCGAACGCGUCAUGUUCACGGGAUGGCAAAGACGUAAGGAAAACGCUGCGUUAGUGAAACCUAGGUUCAAGAACCUGGCGAUGUUGGGGCUGGGUGGCAGUGUCAGCACGGCCCCGGAAGGAAUCAGGGCUGAAGUAGUGGUGGUCACUUCGUUCGACGACCUCUCCAAUAAAUCGUCACAGGUCAGCGGAAAAAUCGUUGUGUACAAUCAACCGUACGUGUCGUACUCUGAAACUGUGGUGUACAGGUCGAUGGGAGCGAGUGAGGCGUCCAAGUACGGUGCCGUGGCCACAUUGAUUCGAUCCAUCACUCCGUUCUCGUUGAAUACACCGCACGCUGGCCAUCAAAGUUACAGCGACGGCGUGAAAAAGAUACCAACGGCCUGCAUCACGGUCGAGGAUGCCGAACUCUUGAACAGGAUGUACAACCGAGGUACCAAAUUGGAAAUUUUUUUGAAAAUGGACUCAAAAUUCUUUACCAACGCUACAUCCAGGAACACUGUUGCCGAAAUCAAAGGCACGACAGAUCCUGAUAAAAUAGUGUUGGUUUCGGGACAUCUGGAUAGUUGGGACGUGGGGCAAGGUGCGAUGGACGACGGUGGCGGUGCGUUUAUAAGCUGGAAUAGUCUCGUCGUACUGAAAAAUCUCGAGCUUCGCCCUAAGAGAUCGAUAAGAUGUUUAUUGUGGACAGCUGAAGAAGAAGGAUAUAUAGGGGACUUUUUGGAUGAUCUGUACCUCGUACUAUAG